AUGGAGAAGAUUGUGUUUUAUGAGGAUAAGGACUUCAAAGGGAGGUCCUAUGACUGCAAAGGAGAUUCUACUGAUCUUCACAGCUACAUUCGACGGUGCAACUCACUGAAGGUGGAAGGCGGCUGGUGGGUCUUGUAUGAGCGCAGCAACUACACAGGCUACCAGUAUGUCAUUGGCCCUGGAGAUUAUAAUGCCUUCCAGAAAUGGAUGGGUUUCAAUGAUUGUGUGAGAUCCUGCAGAAUAAUCAAAAGUGCAAAGGGCCCAUAUAAACUGAGGCUGUUUAAUCAACCAAACUUUGAUGGUCAAUCUAUUGAGCUGUUGGAUAACAUGAAGUCUGUGCCUGAACAAUGGCAAAGGAAUGAGGUUUUGUCCUGCAAGGUCCUAGCAGGUUCUUGGGUGUUUUUUGAACAUCCCAACUUCACUGGGCGACAGUAUCUCUUGGAGAAAGGCGACUAUAGGCACCACACUGAAUGGGGAGCUCUUCGAUCCACAGUGGGAUCCAUCAAAAGAGUAAUGCAGCUGUGA